AUGGCCCUGGCUGCUUCCUGUGUCUUCUAUUGCAGAAGAAUGGGCACUUCUCCUCCGUCGCCCAAGAGUGACCCCUGUUGGAGAGACAUCCGAAAUAUUAUCAAGUUGACUGGCUCCCUUAUUCUGGGAGCAGUUGGUAUCACCUAUCAGGCAAGAAAAGAACUUCAUAAAGCAGUAAGGAAAGUAUUGGCAACAUCAGCAAAGAUAUUACGGAAUCCAUUUGCUGACACUUUCAGCACGGUGGAUGUGGAGGACCACGAGUGUGCCGUGUGGCUUCUUCUGAGGAAGAGCUUGUCAGGUGACAAGGCGGCGCGGCUGCAGGCGGUGCAGGAGAUGUCUCAGGCCCACCACUGGCAUGAUUACCAGUACAGGAUAAUUGCACAAGCCUGCGAUCUGAGAACUCUGGUUGGUUUGGCAAGAAGCAAAGAGAGUGAUCUUCGCUUUUUUCUCCCACCACCUCCUUUGCCAUCUUUAAAAGAGGACUCCUCCUUUGAAGAAGAGCUCAGGCACCUGCUGACCUCUCUGCCGCAAACAGAAGUGGACGAAUGUGUCCAGUAUUUUACAGCUUUGGCCCUGAGUGAAACCAGUCAGAGUCUGGCCGCUCAGAAGGGUGGCUUGUGGUGCUUUGGAGGAAAUGGACUUCCUUAUGCUGAAAGCUUUGGGAAAGCCCCUUCAGCGACAAUAGAAACAUUCUGUUUAGAAGCGAUAGUAAAGCAUUCUGAGAUCCCCACCCACUGUGAGAAAAUUGAAGCAAAUGGAGGCCUGCAGCUGCUUCAGAGGCUCUACCAGCUGUACCGGGACUGCCCGAAAGUGAAGAGGAACAUCAUGCGCGUCAUUGGGAACAUGGCGCUGAACGAGCAUCUUCACCCUGCAAUCGUGAGCUCAGGCUGGGUUUCUCUGAUGGCAGAAGCAAUGAAAUCUCAGCAAAUCAUGGAGGCCUCACAUGCAGCCAGAACGCUGGCCAAUCUGGACCGAGAGACGGUGCGAGAACGGUACCAGGAUGGCGUGUAUGUCCUGCACCCCCAGUUCCGCACCAGUCAGCCCAUUAAAGCCGAUGUCCUUUUUAUUCAUGGCCUUAUGGGAGCAGCCUUCAGAACAUGGCGCCAGCAGGACUGUGAGCAGGUUCUGAUGGAAAAGGCUUCUGAGGACGAAGACAGGUAUACCACGUGCUGGCCCAAGACGUGGUUAGCGAGAGACUGUCCUGCCCUGCGCAUCAUCUCUGUGGAGUACGACACCAGCCUCAGUGACUGGCGAGCAAGGUGCCCCACAGAAAGGAAGUCCAUUGCCUUCAGAAGCAACCAGCUCCUUCAGAAGCUCCGAGCGGCGGGUGUCGGGGACAGGCCCCUGGUCUGGGUGUCACACAGCAUGGGGGGUCUCCUUGUGAAAAAGAUGCUGGUAGAAGCCUCCCGGAGACCAGACAUGAGUUCCCUCAUCAGCAACACCAGGGGGGUGAUUUUCUACAGCGUCCCUCACCACGGCUCCCACCUGGCUGAGUAUUCUGUGAACUACCGCUAUUUACUCUUUCCUUCCUUGGAGGUCAAAGAACUCAGCAAGGAUUCUCCAGCACUUAAAGCACUCCAGGACGACUUCCUCGAGUUUGCAAAAGACAAAAACUUCCAGGUGCUGAAUUUUGUGGAAACACUACCAACCUACAUUGGCAGCAUGAUUAAACUCCACGUGGUGCCGGUGGAAUCAGCAGAUUUAGGUAUUGGAGAUCUAAUCCCUGUGGAUGUUAACCAUUUAAACAUUUGUAAGCCAAAGACCAAGGAUGCGUUUUUGUAUCAACGUACCUUACAAUUCAUCCAUGAAACUCUAGCCAAAGACCUUGAAAACUGA